GAUUCUGAGGACGAUUCUGAUUUUAGUGAGAGUGAAGAUGAUGAAAGUUUCACUGUGAGAAAAAGUAAAGUUAAAGAAAUUAACAAGAAAGAAGUGAAAGGGAAAUGUCCAGUUGAAAAGAAAGAGAAGAAAGCCAAAUCCAAACGGGAUGAUGUGGUGACUUCAGUAGAUUCUGCUCCAGCUGCUGUCAAGUCAGAAUCUUGGCCCUCACCGAAAAAGGUUUCUCCUUCUUCAGAGGCCACUAGGAAGCCGUUACAAAUACGAAGUCCUCCAGCUGAAAGCAAGAGACCUAAGUGGGUCCCACCAGUCCACACCUACAUCCAAAGCCGGUUCUACAGAUCCCCAGAGGUGAUCCUGGGCCAUCCCUACAACAUGGCCAUUGAUAUGUGGAACCUGGGCUGCAUGAUGGCCGAGAUGUACACGGGCUACCUGUUCCCUGGGGAGAACGAGGUGGAGCAGCUAGCCUGCAUCAUGGAGGUGCUGGGCUUGCCACCAACCCACUUCAUCCAGACGGCCUCCAGGAGACAGACAUUCUUUGAUUCCAAAGGUUUCCCUAAAAAUAUAACCAACAACAAGGGGAAAAAAAGAUACCCGGAUUCCAAGGAUCUCACCAUGGUGCUGAAAGCCUUCGACACCAGUUUCCUGGACUUUCUGAGAAAGUGUUUGGUCUGGGAGCCUUCUCUUCGCAUGACCCCUGACCAGGCCCUCAAGCAUGCUUGGAUUCAUGAGCCGCGGAACCUCAAAGCACAGCCCAGGCUUCAGACCUUGAGGAAAACCAGUCUCUGUUUCCCUUCUGAGGCCUGGAAGGACAAGGUUCAAGGGCAACAUCAUCUCUCCUCUUUGGCAGAGGUGAUCCUCCAAAUAGAGACUAAAGACAAAAUCAAAGAAGGCGCCACUAAACAGGAUCAGAAUUCAGGUAAUCAGUAGGGCUCUGACCAGCACAUAGCUGAAGUCCAGCUGCCUCAUCUAGCAGAAGCUUCCGGAAAGCCCGAGGCAGUUGUUGGGCCAGUGGAGUCCAAGACCUCCACAGGACAACAAAACAAAAACUGCUCCCCCAAGAACACAAACAUUUUACCACCUAUUGUGUGACCUGAGCGGAGGGUGUGUCCUGUUCCUUUCCACCAGUGAUUUGUGUUAGAGACAGCACUUAUAUUGUACAAUACUUGACGGUUGCUUUUUAAUGCAUAAAGGUUUAAAAAAAACCAAACCUCUAUUCACAUGGCCUAUGGGCAUGAUUCCUAUGAUGAGGGAUUGGAGAGGAGGUCCCUGCACCCAUGCCUCUUCCUUAUGCCCUCAAUCAAAUACAACAGCGGGUGCAUGUGUGGGGAGAUGGGGUGCGGAGAGAGUUAAGCCCUCAGUGUUACAGCAUCACUGAGAUGACUCUAAAUAAUAAAAAAAGAAACACUUUUUUUCCUCUUGCCCAAGACAGUCAGUCAGGAUUCUGGUUUGAAAAUGACAGAAGCUGAGUUCAAACUAGUUUAAACAACAAAGGACAUUUCUUGGUUUAUGUGACUGGGGAAUCAGGAGGGGUAAGUGUAGACACAGCAAGAUCUAGGAAUUCAGACAAGAUCAUGGAGCUCAGACUCCCUCUCCCCCAUUAGUCUUCCUUCUUUUUAUGGUUAACUUCACUGUGAAGACAAGCUCUGCCCAGAAGUUAAGACGACCACUCUCAGCCAGU